GCGGGGACGGGGGUGGGCGGGACCGGGAAGCGAGGCGGAGGCGCUGGGCUCGGUCUCCUCCUGCGGCUACUUAAGCGGUUCGUGGACACUGCUUUCCGUUUCCUUUCCUCUCCCCUGUCUUGUCAGUGAGAUUUCCUUGACUCCACGUUUUGCAAAGACCAAUUUUGCCUCAGAGUCAACAAAGUCUUCAGAUUGGUUCCUGUGUGUCCUGUGUUUACAAAUCAGUGGAAAUUAAGGACAACACAUACAAACUGAAAAGUCAAAUAAGGAAAUGAAUUACUUCUCUUGACAGCUCUAAUUUUACUUGGCUAAAGCCAUUUUUUAGGUUGUCUUGGGCAGAAAAGUGAAAAGAGAAUGCUCCACUUUAACCGAUGUCAGCAUCUGAAAAAGAUAACACAGAAAUGUUUUUCUAGAAUACAUGUUAAAACGGAUAAACAUGCACAUCGAUUUCUUUCAAGAACCUUUGCACUUGCGGAAUUAAGGAAGUCAUGGUAUUCAACUCACUCUCUUGUUGGAGACAAAAAUAUUAUCCUAAUGGGACCUCCUGGUGCUGGGAAAACAACAGUAGGCAGAAUAAUAGGUCAUAAACUAGGUUGUUGUGUCAUAGAUGUGGAUGAUGAUAUCCUUGAAAAAACCUGGAAUAUGAGUGUUUCUGAAAAAUUACAGGAUGUUGGUAAUGAGCAAUUUUUAGAAGAGGAAGGAAAAGCUGUGUUAAACUUCUCUGCAUCUGGAAGUGUGAUUUCCCUUACUGGGUCCAAUCCAAUGCAUGAUGCUAGCAUGUGGCAUCUGAAGAAAAAUGGAAUAAUUGUAUACCUGGAUGUACCUCUAAUAGAUAUAAUUCAUCGUCUAAAAUUAAUGAAGAUAGGUAGGAUUGUAGGUCAGAAUUCUGGAACAUCUAUGAAAGACUUACUUAAAUUUAGAAGACAGUAUUAUAAGAAAUGGUAUGAUGCUCGUGUUGUCUGUGAAAGUGGGGCUUCCCCAGAGGAGGUAGCUGACAAAGUGCUCAAUGCAAUUAAAAGAUACCAAGAUGUGGACUCAGAAACAUUCAUUUCAACAAGACACGUUUGGCCUAAAGACUGUGAACAGAAGGUUUCAGCAAAAUUCUUCAGUGAAGCUGUGAUUGAGGGGUUGGCUUCGGAUGGUGGACUCUUUGUUCCUGCGAAGGAGUUUCCAAAAUUAAGCUGUGGGGAGUGGAAAAGUCUAGUAGGAGCAACCUACAUAGAAAGAGCACAGAUAAUGUUGGAAAGAUGUAUCCAUCCUGCAGACAUACCUGCUGCCAGGUUGGGAGAAAUGAUUGAAACUGCUUAUGGGGAAAACUUUGCCUGCUCAAAAAUUGCUCCUGUCAGGCACCUUUCAGGCAACCAGUUCAUCCUGGAGUUGUUUCAUGGACCAACCGGAUCAUUUAAAGAUUUGUCUUUACAGCUUAUGCCUCAUAUUUUUGCGCACUGUAUCCCUUCAAGUUGCAAUUAUAUGAUACUUGUAGCUACUUCAGGAGACACAGGGAGUGCAGUCUUAAAUGGUUUUAGUCAUCUUAAUGAGAAUGAUAAGCAAAGGAUAGCUGUGGUCACAUUUUUUCCUGAGAAUGGAGUAAGUGAUUUUCAAAAAGCACAAAUAAUCAGCAGUCAGAGAGAAAAUGGAUGGGCAGUAGGUGUCGAGUCAGAUUUUGAUUUUUGCCAGACAGCUAUAAAAAGAAUUUUUAACGAUUCUGAUUAUACUGGCUUUCUUACUGUGGAAUAUGGAACAAUCUUAAGUUCAGCUAAUUCCAUAAACUGGGGCCGACUCCUUCCGCAGGUAGUUUAUCAUGCUUCUGCAUAUCUUGACCUUGUCAGUCAAGGAUUUAUUUCUUUCGGAAGCCCAGUCGAUGUCUGUGUUCCCACAGGAAACUUUGGCAACAUAUUAGCAGCAGUGUAUGCCAAAAUGAUGGGAAUCCCGAUUCGGAAAUUUAUCUGUGCCUCUAAUCAGAACCGUGUUUUGACUGAUUUUAUAAAAACAGGACAUUAUGAUCUAAGAGAAAGAAAAUUGGCACAGACCUUUUCACCAUCAAUAGAUAUUCUCAAAUCUUCAAACCUAGAACGACAUUUAUACUUGAUGGCUAAUAAAGAUGGACAACUAAUGACAAAAUUAUUUUAUCAAUUAGAAAAUCAGCAUCACUUCCAGUUAGAAAAGGUUCUAGUUGAGAAACUUCAGCAAGAUUUUGUAGCUGACUGGUGCUCGGAGGGAGAGUGCCUAGCAGCUAUUAACUCCACCUAUAAUAGUUCAGGGUAUAUUUUGGAUCCACACACUGCUGUUGCAAAAGUGGUUGCAGACAGGGUGCAAGACAAAACUUGCCCAGUGAUUAUCUCAUCUACAGCUCAUUACUCAAAGUUUGCACCUGCUAUCAUGCAGGCUUUAAAGAUUAAAGAAAUCAAUGAGACUUCAUCAAGUCAGCUCUAUUUACUGGGUUCAUACAAUGCAUUACCUCCACUUCAUGAGGCUUUAUUAGAGAGAACAAAACAGCAAGAGAAGAUGGAGUACCAGGUUUGUGCAGCUGAUGUGAAUAUCUUGAAGAAUCAUGUAGAGAAACUUAUCCAAAAUCAAUUCAUGUAAAAGUUUCCUGAGUAAAAAUUUUUUUUUCUGGCUAUAAGCAUGCAAUAAUAAAUCUCAAAUGCUGAUUUGGAGUACA